GGUAAACAAGCUGUGAUCGACAACCUCUGGCAGAGCUGCAGGCCAAUAGGGACAGGGUGGGGCGGGCACUGGAGGCCGUUCGGGGGCUCCGGCAGCAACCCAAAGAAGACACUGGGCUUCUAGCGACUGCAGAUCGGCAGUUCUAUGGCCAGAGCUAGAUUCUGAAAAGUCUUCUCACCCUGGAAUUACUCAAUGCUAAAAACAUUCAAGAGAAUAUUAAAGAAUCUGCAAGCACAAUGGAUGGCUUUUAUGAUCAACAAGUCCCUUUCAUGGUCCCUGGGAAACCUUGCACUGAAGAGUGUCGAGGGAGGCCAGUGAAUGACAGGAAACGGAAGUUUCAGGACACUGACCUGGCCCAUGAUUCUGAAGAAUUGUUUCAGGAUCUUAGCCAGCUGCAGGAGGCUUGGUUAGCUGAAGCCCAAGUUCCUGAUGAUGAACAAUUUGUCCCAGAUUUCCAGUCUGAUAACUUGGUACUUCAUGCACCACCCCCAGCAAAGAUCAAGAGGGAACUCCAUAGCCCUUCUUCUGAGUUGUCUACCUGUAGCCAUGAACAGGUGCAUUGUGCUCAUUAUGGAGAAAAGUGCCUCUACAACUACUGUGCCUAUGAUAGGAAGCCCCCUGCUGGGUUCAAGCCAUUAACUCCGCCUACCACCCCUGCAUCACCUGCACUCCAGAGCACUUCCCUUCCUCCCCCUCCUCCACCACCACUGCCUGCAGCACCUGUGCAGACUCCCACUCAUGUCGCCACCACAGCAGGCCCUUUGCAGGGAGCUCCGCCUCCUCCAGCCCCCCCUCAUGUUCUUCAGGAAUCAAGGCAGCAGCAGACCUUUGCUGUGCCUCGGCCACCACAUCAAUCGCUUCAGAUGCCAAAGAUGAUGCCUGAAAACCAGUAUCCCACAGAACACAGAUUUCAGAGACAGAUGUCUGAACCUUGCCACCCUUAUCCGCCACCGGGGCUUUCUGGAGACAAUCGUCCCGUCUACCACAGGCAGAUGUCAGAGCCUAUUGUUCCUGCUACGGCCCAUCCUCCCCAGGGAUUCAAGCAAGAGUACCAUGACCCCCUCUAUGAUCAUGGUGUCCCAGGCAUCCCUGGCCCACCCAGGCAUGGAUUCCAGUCUCCCAUGGGAAUCAAGCAAGAACCCAGGGACUACUGCAUUGACUCAGAAGUGCCUAAUUGCCAGUCAGCAUAUGUGAGAGGAGGAGGAGGUGGCUACUUCCCCAACAGCCAUGAUGGGUUCUUGUAUGAGAAGGAUGCCCGGUUGUACUUUGAUGAUACCUGUGUUGUACCAGAAAGGUUGGAAGGCAAAGUGAAGCAAGAGCCCACCGUGUAUCGUGAAGGGCCUCCUUACCAGAGACGAGGAUCACUCCAACUGUGGCAGUUCCUGGUCACCCUCCUGGAUGAUCCAGCCAAUGCCCACUUCAUUGCUUGGACUGGCAGAGGCAUGGAGUUCAAGUUGAUUGAACCUGAAGAGGUAGCUCGCCGGUGGGGAAUUCAAAAAAACCGGCCCGCAAUGAACUAUGACAAGCUCAGUCGCUCCCUUCGCUACUACUAUGAAAAAGGCAUCAUGCAAAAGGUGGCCGGAGAGCGGUACGUCUACAAGUUUGUUUGUGAUCCUGAUGCCCUUUUCUCCAUGGCCUUCCCUGACAAUCAGCGCCCGUUUUUGAAAGCUGAACCAGACUGCCAUGUGAAUGAAGAUGACACCUUACCUCUGACACAUUUUGAAGACAACUCUGCGUACCUCCUGGACUUGGAUCACUGCAGCAACCUCCCCUAUGCAGAGGGCUUUGCUUACUGACUUGGGAAGCAGCAGAAUUCUGACAUGAGAGACUCCUGUUCCAAGUAAUAAGGGCAAUUUUUUUUUGUAAAGACAAAAAUUUUGCUGUUCAUAAAACUGCUCUUUGCAAAUAUUACAAGAAGAGCCUAAAACACUUCAAGGCCCUCCAUGUGAAGACUGACAAUAGCAUGGCUAGUGAGUAGAACCUCCAGUUGCUGAUCACAUUGGGUGCAGCUGUGGGGUGAACAGAGAUUGGGAAGGGUUGUCUUCUAGGCCCAACAGAUAGGGACAGGUGCGAUGUACAUGUCCACAGGACUUGAAUAGACUGUGUGCAAUUAGCAAAUUUGUUAAGAAAAUGUGCUCUGUUACAAUCACAAUCCUUGUAUCUACCUUGCAAAAUGGAAAAGGGCUUUGAUUUGCAGAGGGGAAGAGGAACCAAUGCAGUGUAAGUCCUUGGGAAUGGGCUAGCUCAGCCCUCCUGGGUUCUCAGUGCACAGCUCCUCAGUCUGGGAAAGCCUUUCUUAGUCUCCAGUAAACAACCCAACUUAAAGAACAGCACUUAAGCACCACCUCCCUAAGAGCCCAGCAAGCCCUUGGCCACCCUCUCUUUAACAAGGCUGUGCAUGGAUGGCUUGCUUUUAGGGAGAAAGGGGGGCUUGGCCAAACUCUUUUUAUGUUGUGGGGCAACAUUUCUAACUAAAUUUUUGUAGGUUUUGUAUCUGUGGCAAGUCCACCUUCUGGCCAAGCUGCUGCUUUCUUGCCUCUGGCAGUGCUGUUGCAAAGGGCACUGCUGCUUGGGUGGAGCUUCUUUGGCCCAGCGUGUUCAUAUCUGCUUUGCGCUUUUCCUGCACUGGAUCCUGCCUGGACAUUUUGCACAGCAUGCUGUGCAUUUGGAGUAUGCUUCUGUGCAGCAGCAGAGUGCAAGCUGCUUGGCUUUUUCUCUGUCUGGGAACUGUAUGUAUAUAAUACAUGGCAGCCCCAGCUGUUGAAUAUCCCCAGGUUCUGACCUUAUGACUCCAUUGCCAUAUUACCGCUUAACUGACAUUUCUGGACUCACUGAGCUUUCAAGCAAGGGAGAAAGAGAUGUCUUGUGUAUUUUAGCUUAAUUUGUAAGUUGCAUUUCCCUCUUUCCGAUGUUUUAUGCAAGCCACAUAUUUUAAGAGGAUUUUUUUAAAAAAGAAAAAAAUACAAUUUGAUUUUGUAAAAAUGCAGGAAGAGGAAGAAGGCUGGAGUUACUCAGUAUAUAUAAAGCUUCUCUGGAUCCUUUAGGAGCCAUCUCUCUUGUUGUGAGCCCGUUGGCACACACCUGUACAAUGCUUUACCCACAAUGCGUCUCUUCCCUUGCGGGCUCUGUGUUUUGUUGUAAAUGCUGUAUAGGAUUUCUUUUUCUGCUUUGAUAACUUUGUUUGGGUUUUUGACUAACUUCACUUUUUUAAAGAAAAAAAGUAUGAAUAUGAAGAUUAACUCUUCGUGGACGACUCAGCAACUCUCCCCAGAAUGUAUCCAGUGGCCGCAAGUGGUCUAUCACAAAGCACAUGAUGACAGCAAACUCUGCUGUGGCUCCCAGCAUGCCCCAGGGCUUAACCAAGCCAACGGGGUUUGCUUUUUCUUUUUGUUUUUAAAUUUGGCAUGGGAAGUCUAUAGUGCAAAAAGGGUUAAUCUGAGGAUUGAUGUGAAAUUACUAUUGCCUGAGCAGGGCUAUAAUAAUAUAUCUCCUGCAAAGCUGCAUUACAUUCUGUACUGUGUACAAUAAAGGAUUUUUGCUUUCUGUUCA